GUUCACGCCUUCACAGAGCACCAGGCCGUCCAAGCCCCCCCCCUCUCCCCUCUCCCUCCCUCGGGAUGCUCCUCUCUUUCUCUCUCUCUCUCUUUCUCUCUCUCUCUCUCUCUCUCUCUCUCGGUCUCCAUCUGCUAUCCACCAUCCACCAUCCGCCAUCCACCACCGUUGCACUCGGUCCCCAGUGCUCAUUCGAUCGGAUCUGUCCCAUCAGUCCCCACCGCGUCUACCAUGCUGGCUCUUGGGUCAUGGAUCAGGGGGCGUGGAAGACGAGUUUCCUGUCUGGGGUGAUAGCACCGAAAAGGCCGAGAGGGCGAGUUUCUCUCCAAGAGCCGUUCCGUUCCCCCACUCCCUCCCUUUUACAAGUGUGGCCACGACAAUAUGCGACUUGUUGACCAACGACUGAGUAACGAAAGGCUCCGGGGCCUUUCAAAGAUGUGGCGAUGGUCCCCUCCACCCUUUCGCCAAGAUGACUGCCACCAACAUUACUGAAAUUAAAGAAAAGCACGGCAGUGAUACUAGCAACGACACUAAGGAGGUCAUCUCGUUGUAUAUAGAGAGGCCGUCCGAGUUCUCCAAUGCCACGUUCUUGAAUCUCCCGUCCCCGUCUCCCUCAUCCGCCGCCUCCUCCUCUAUCACACCCUCCUCCUCCUCCUCCUCCUCCUCCUCCUCCUCCUCCUCCCCUUGCAGAUCCUUUCCCCUCGUCUCCUCCUCUUCCUCUUCCUCUAACCCCCCUUUCACGACGCGGUAGCUUGCAUUCGGAACAUCCUUUCAUCAAAGUGUGACUUCCCCCCCACCAAAAGACUCAAAAAUGCAUCCCGUCAAGAUCAUGGCCGUCCUCGGCCUGUCCGCCGUCGCCUCCGCCGCGCCCCUCGACACGCCCCUCGAGGCCCGCGACGCCGGGGACAUCCUCGCGGACCUGCAAGCCCAGGCCUUGGAGAACCUGAAGGCCGCCGAGGCCAACGGGACCCUUUCCAAGCGAGGAGGCUGCAACCUGUUCAACGCCCAGGUGCGCAGGGACUGGGCCGCAUUCUCCGCCAAGGAGCGCAAGGAGUACAUCGGCGCCGUGCAGUGCCUGCUCACCUCGCCCUCCAAGUCGGACCCGGCCUUCGCCCCGGGCGCCCGUAACCGGUACGACGACUUCGUCGCCGUCCACAUCAACCAGACGCGCUCCAUCCACGGCACGGGCAACUUCCUGACCUGGCACCGCUACUACACCUGGGCCUACGAGAACGCCCUCAAGACCGAGUGCGGCUACCGCGGCGCCCAGCCCUACUGGAACUGGUUCGCCCACACCGACGACCCGCGCAAGUCCCCCGUCUUCGACGGCAGCGACACCAGCCUGAGCGGUGAUGGCGCCUACGUGCCUCACAACGGCAGCGUCAGCGCCUCGCCAUUUGGCGAGAUCUACGUCCCCUCCGGUCACGGUGGCGGAUGCGUCACCAGCGGACCCCUCGUCAACAUGACCGUCAACCUCGGCCCCGUCGCCCCCGGCAUGCGCGGCCUCGAGGCGAACCCCAACGGCGCCAUGGAGUACAACCCGCGCUGCCUCAGCCGCGACCUGAGCGCCUACGCCGCCUCGACCUGGCUGACCCCGACCAACCUGCUCAACGUCACCGUCGGCCAGGCCUCCAAGAACAUCCAGACCUUCCAGGACGAGCUGCAGGGCCGCUUCAGCCAGGGCUUCCUCGGUAUGCACGCCGCGGGCCACUUCGUCGCCAACGGCGACGCCAGCGACCUCUACUCCUCCCCGACCGACCCCUCCUUCUUCCUCCACCACGCCAUGGUCGACCGCGUCUACUGGCUCUGGCAGGCCCUCCACCUCUGGGAGGCCUUCGAAAUCGCCGGCACCAUCACCAUCCUCAACCUGCCCCCAAGCCGCGACGCCACCAAGGAGGACCUCAUCGAGCUGGGCGUCCUCGCCGAGGACCGCACCAUUGGGGAGCUCCUGAACACGAUCGACGGGUCGCCCCUCUGCUACGUCUACCUGUAGAGACUCGUCCAGGGGUCAGCACGGGGGAGGCAGGGGAAUGAUGGCAUUUAGACUUAUAGAUAGAUUUACAGCUACUUAAUGAUAAUCCAGUCGUUUACUACC